AUGGUUGCCGCUUCCGCCACUCGUAACAUGCUCCAUCAAUAUGGCCGUCGUGCCAUCGGUGUUUCCUUGUUGGCCGCCGUCGGAUCAACUGCCGCCUUCUUCUUCGGAUACGUGCAGCCAAGACACGAGGCAUACGAACGUUUCUUUGCCAACUACGAUCCAUACACCAGAAUGAAGGAGAUCUGUGCCGCCAACAAGGGAUACAUGCACACCUGCCCACAAGAGUUGGCCAAGCUCUACGAGGAGAAGGGCAAGACUGUCGCCGACUUGUAG